GUUGGGAACCAACCAUUUUGUCCAACUCGGAGCGCAUCUUCUGUCUCUCUUUCAACUAAAAACCGUAUCAUCUUCAUAGUGCUUCCUGCUUCGGCUUAAAUCGUGGUUGCACUUUCUCAAGAUGUCCAACGAACUCGCUGCUACCUACGCCGCCCUCAUUCUCGCCGACGAGGGAAUUGAGAUCACCGGCGAAAAGAUCACCACUUUGACCUCUGCCGCCAAGGUUGACGUUGAGCCUAUCUGGGCUACUCUCCUCGCCAAGGCUCUCGACGGAAAGGACGUCAAGGACAUGCUUUCCAACGUCGGAGGUGGUGGAGCUCCUGCUGCUGGAGUCGCCGCUGCCGGUGGUGCCGCCGGUGGUGCCGCUGCUGGAGGUGCUGCUGCCGAGGAGGAGAAGAAGGAGGAGAAGGCUGAGGAGAAGGAGGAGUCUGACGACGACAUGGGAUUCGGUCUCUUCGACUAAGUCGCACGUUCAGUCAUAUUCUUUCGACUUUUCGACCAUUUCCACACUUUUCGCGCUCAAUCUAUCUCUGGUAGAUACUGCAUGUUACAAGUCAAAUGCAUGGCGUAUGGUGAUCAGUGU